AAACACUGCUCAGUAAUAGAGACCUGAACGGGUUCAUGUUCUAUCCUGUUUCCCCCACCUUCCUCAUCCUCCUCAAUAAUCCAUGAUCAUCACUACCGAUGGUGAUCAUGGAGUAUUGAUUAACAUCCAUCAAUAUCCGUGAUCAAUAAGCGGUGGGGUGUGUGGUGCUGAUGCUGCCCCUCUCUCCCUCUCCUGAUUCCCCUCUCUCCUCCUUUGGACAUCAUCCGGUCGUGGUGGUCGGAGGCUGGCGGCGGCUGUACUCCGUGUUUACCCCCAGGGCGACCCCUUCUGUGACCAGAACCGAAACAACCCCCAGUCUGUGCGGAUUCUGCUGGAGGAGAAGAUGCGCUUUACCCCGACGACCAGAGAAGUUGCGUUUAAGAUAGUGUUAUUUACGCGCGGGACGGAAGAAAGAAAGGACGGAGACAGAGACAGGAUGGUCUGACCGACAGAGAGACGGAGGUGUAAGUUCAUAAAAGCUCUCAUCAGAGGCUUGUAAACCUGACAUGUGUACUCUCCACCCAGUCAGACAGUAACCUGAGACCCCAUCCUCCGGGAACACCAGGAUGCGUCCCACUGCGUCACUGCUUUUACUCAGUACCAUCGUGGGAGGCAGCCAUUGCAUUUCUGCAGCUGCAGCCCUGUUGAUCUCCUUGUGUCUUGGCUUCCCAGCCCUGGUGGCUACUUGCCCACCUUACUGUCUUUGCGCCAGUGAUAUAAUUUCCUGCAGUGGCCGCAAUCUGUCUGUGCUGCCCUUUGAUCUCCCAGGCUAUGCCACAAGACUGGACCUAAGCCACAACACUAUCACUGUCCUGCCCACAGACUGGAUUUCCCAACCAUUUGACCGGCUCACCACACUGGUUCUGAGCCGAAAUGCCAUCAGCCAAAUUGAAGUAGAUGCCUUCACUGUUACACCACAUCUCAUCCACCUGGACCUCUCAUCCAACCAGCUCAAAGUGCUGAACUCCUCCAUCUUCAGUGGGCUGAAGGAGCUGAAAGAGCUGCUCUUGUUUGGUAACAAGAUAUUCCAGAUUAACCCAGGAGCCUUCAGGGACCUUCACAGUCUGCAGAGACUCUACCUCUCUGGAAACAGACUAACAUCUUUCCCCCUGGGCCUUUAUGAUGAACCAGGAGGACCCUGUAACUUGACCUUUCUGGAUCUUUCCUCCAACAAGCUCUCUAAACUGCCUGUUCAGAGCCUGCUCUCACUUACAAACCAAGGUGGCAUCUAUUUACAGGAAAACCCUUUGGUUUGUGAUUGUACUUUAAUUGCCAUGCUGGAGUACUGGAUGUGGAAACAGUAUCGCCCCCUGGUGGAAUUCAGAUGGGAAUACCCAUGUAGAGAGGGGUCAGGACCAGACCCUGACUGCAGCCAGUGGGACAUGUUAGAUACAUUCCUUGAUGCACAGACUUACCAAGUAGACCCAGGUAAACAGCUGACAGUGCCAUGCCCAGGGUUUGGCUCUCAUGUCCAGGAGGAGGUGGUGGUUUUCUGGGUCACCCCCACCACAGUGCUGAAUUCAUCAGUCAAUGAUCCUAAUAACCACUUCACAGUCCUUCCAAAUGGCACCCUUGAAAUCCGAGGGGCACUGAUUGAGGACUCUGGUACAUAUGGGUGUGUGGCCCCUCGGGGGCGCGACCGUGACCCCAGAGCUUCUCUAGAGGUCAGUGUGGUCGUUGGAAAUGUCAGCACAAGCUCCACCAGUGGCUCAACACAUCGUGGUGGCACUGAGCAUUUCAACACAGCAUUCACCACUCUAGCUUCCUGUGUGGUCAGCAUCAUCCUGGUGCUUCUUUACCUCUACCUCACACCAUGUCGAUGCAGAGACAGCAGGGGAGGGGCGUCGAGAGGGUGUGGAGGGCGAGCUAUCAUCUUGUGUUCUGACCCAAGAGAGGCAGAGUCAGGACAACGGCGGGCCAAUGGAAAAAGGGUGGCUUUCUUAGAGCCUCAGGCAGAGGACUCUAAUGAUGUUGGCCCAAAAACACCAGUGCUGACCUUGGGCCACGUUAACACAGAGGGAAUUCUCAAGAAUGGAAGUAGGACAGUGGGACAAACCCUCACAGACCCUGUUCACUCGGCAUAGUUGCCAAAAUCACCUUUUACACACUCCUAUACUCUUACUGUGGGGACCCAGGAGGGUUUUUUUUUUACACUGUCUUGUUUCAGUACAAGAUGAUGAAAUCCAUUUGAUGUGAAGUAGUGUACUGUGAUUCUUGUGAAGUAGUGAUGCGCUGUAGGAUUUGGCUGUUUGGCCUGAAGCAGAAAAUGCAGUGCUUUUGUAGGCAGAAUUUCAAUUAUGUCUCAAACAUAAGUGGUACCUGUUUAACAAGAGUUCAUAUGGAAAUGAUGCUGUUACAGCAAAAAAGGAUCACACAGAUCAUAUAAAUGUGGGUGGUGUUUUAGAUUGGGAGUGGAAUAUUUACACCUGAGUUGACAAGGUACUGGUGCAUCAGUGGUUCUGAUGCAGUAUAUACAGUACAUAGUGACUAAUGGCAUCACAAUGACUCCUGUUAUCUGUCUCGUGCUGUGGUCUGUAUCACUUUCAAAUCAUGUCAGUAGUAUGCAUGGAUUUAUGUAAAUUUACAUGUUUUGCAGAUGAAUCUGUGUCAACAUGCCAUCUUAAAUGACAUUAAUGAAUUACACUGUAACCCUAGAAGAUCUCAUUAGAAGUGAUAAAAGAAAAACAACUGCAGUAAGAAAAUAACACCAUAGGAAAGUGAUAAUAAGAAAUGAAGCUGGUGUUUUUCAAGUUAAGAGUUAGUUUUACCCCAAAAGGCAUAGCUUUUCUAAUGUCAAGUUUUGUUUUUGGAAACCAAGUCUGUAAGAUAUCUACCUCCACAAACUGUUUAUUAUGCACCAUAUUGAAGACUCUGUGUAAUAUAAACUCAUGGUCAGAAACUUAUCAUCAACUUUCUGUUUCCCCUCACCUCUAUGCAAUAUUAUAAUGUCUGUCAGCACAUUUUGUGUUUUACAGGUUUUGAUAAAUCCCACUGCAUUCACCAAAUUUGUUUCCAAACACAGUGUCCAGUGGUAUUUAGUGUAAAAGCUUUGACAAACUAAACUUACAUUGCUAGCAAAAGGGUUUGCUAGUCUUUUUAGGUGAUAAACAAGAGCUAAUGAGUAAAUAUUAGAUUUUUAAUACUGAACUGAAUACUAAUGUUGCUCUGUGUUUGUUGGAUAUUAUUCUAAGAAGUUAUGUUCAUUUCUAACUAAGCUAUAACUGCAAUAGACUUAUGUAAAAUGCAAAACUUGAGAUAAAAGACUGGAGUUUGUAUCCCCUUGCAAACCAACAGUAAGCUUUCUCCACUCUGUAGACAUCUGUUUAUUACUAUAAAACAAAGUCUGUAUAACCUUCAAGUAUUUAUUUGACCCCCUGACUGAACUUUUCCUUAAUUAAAAUGUUUUUAUGCCUAAACUAAACCAGACCUUAUUAAUUGCAUCAUCAUAGCCAAGUGAAAACAGUGAUUUUAUAAAUUUUGCAGCAUUUUGUGGAAGUUGUCUAAAGAUAUGUAUCAGAGGAAAAAGGAUGUGGAGAGAAAGUUUGGGCUUGGUUUAAAAUUUUAAUUAUGUUUUUGUAAAUCUAUGUUAAAUGAAGACCUGGUACCUACCAAAGUGAUGCAUAAACCUAAUAUAGGUGUCACAGCUGUAGGUAUCACCUGAACUGGUUCUGGAGGCAGAAAAUAAAUCAAGUACAUUGACACGAUUGACGGGAAAUUAUCAUUUGACAAAUUAUAAUUGCAGUUGUAGUCUAGUUAGAAGUGAACAUAUGAGCAUUUCUGGGCAAACUCAACACUCUAUGAUGACAACAGCAUAGUUCAUACCCGUAAAAUUCUAGUAAACUUCAGUCAGUCUUGUCAUUACAAGAGGUCAGAGGUCAACCCCAGACCACGACAUGGAGCAUGGUUUGGAGUGACACUUCACCAGAGUGGACGUUUGUCGUCCCGAUCCUGGUUUGUCCUGUUAAAACCCACCCUCCACCUUGUUCCUCAGCCCCACAGCUUUCAGACAGCAGUUUCCCAGAGAAAUUGAUCCUCACUGGUUCAGACAAGGAGGGACUUUUGGCUGAGUGCUGAAGCCCCCGUCAGCCCACAUCAACAUCACUGAAAUCAAAAGGAGGUUUGCCAGUUCGCCCCCAAGCCCACCGUGACCCACAUUCCUCAGUCCUCCUUUUGUUUGAUUUUUAUAGGUGUGUGUGGAUCAUUUCCAACGUGCUAAGAGGCUUAUUAAACUUUCAAUGUCCUUGGCUGUAUGUGUCCAUGCUACCCCUGUCUGAACAUUGUUACUUUUUAUUCUGCUGUAUACACAAUACAUUUUAUCUCCACCGGCUAAACAGUUCCUUUCUGUGGGUACUAAAUAAAAUGAUUCACUUUUGAGGA